AGACUGUUUUGGGUAUGGUACCGAUGUCUGGAGCCAUCCUGCUAGACCAAGCACGUUUCCACUGGUGUUCGUGCACAUCCACCUGCAGAGUAACUGGCUUCGUCUCUGAGCUUGGGAAUCAGAGAUCCGACUGCCCUGACACUUAACACGCUGACGUCCCUGAAAACCCUCGGUGCUGCUCACUGGAAGACUCACAGGAAAUGGGGAGGCUGCUCAGAGCUACCUCGCGCGCUGACCUGGGGUAGGCACUAGGACCGCCCAGACGCCAACAGGCAGCCACGCUUCACCGCCUGUCAGAGGGACUGAGCCGCCUUCGCUGUUACACAAGAGAGCAGGCAGCAGCCGUAGCAGCUCAGCAUCCUUCCCCCUCUGGUGGAUCGGAAGCUGAUGGAAGCAACAGUGCGGUAGAGAAAUGGGCUAGAUAUUUCCAGAGGCUGAAACCUGGAGGCAUUUGGAGGUGCCCACCCAGACCAUCACUAUGACUGAUGGGGACUAUGACUAUCUGAUCAAACUCCUGGCCCUCGGAGAUUCGGGGGUGGGGAAGACGACAUUCCUCUACCGAUACACAGACAAUAAAUUCAACCCCAAGUUCAUCACGACAGUAGGAAUAGACUUCCGGGAAAAACGUGUGGUUUAUAACACACAGGGACCAAAUGGGUCAACAGGAAAAGCAUUUAAGGUGCAUCUUCAGCUCUGGGACACUGCAGGACAAGAGCGAUUCCGGAGCCUCACCACUGCAUUUUUCAGAGACGCCAUGGGUUUCUUAUUAAUGUUUGACCUCACCAGUCAACAGAGCUUCCUAAAUAUCAGAAACUGGAUGAGCCAACUGCAAGCAAAUGCUUACUGUGAAAACCCAGAUAUAGUAUUAAUCGGCAACAAGGCAGACCUGCCAGACCAGAGGGAAGUCAGCGAACGGCAAGCCCGGGACCUGGCUGACAAGUACAGCAUACCCUAUUUUGAAACAAGUGCAGCGACUGGCCAGAAUGUGGAGAAAGCUGUGGAAACCCUUCUGGACUUAAUAAUGAAACGGAUGGAACAAUGUGUUGAGAAGACCCAAGUCCCCGACACUGUCAAUGGUGGAAGCUCUGGGAAGCUGGAUGGGGAGAAGCCAGCAGAGAAGAAAUGUGCCUGCUAGACUCUGCCUACGAACUGAUCAUCCAGAACCCCGUGCAAACAUCACUUCCAAAAACAGCGAAACACCACACAAUUGUUGUUGAGUAGACGACGCAUCAUGGCAUGCCUUUCUUUUCCUGCCUGAACAUCUAUUUUAAAAAAGUGGACUAGUCAACAGUUUUCAAAAGAAUUGACCAGUUGUCCAUGAGGCCCCUCCAAACAAGAGUAGAGAUUUCCCAUAUGAUCAGACCAUCAUGGAUGCUCAACCUGGUUUUCUUCCAACAAAAAUGGGAUAUAAGAGAGCAUACAGGAAGAAAUACCAGUGAGUUUUGAAUCAGAACAAAUUACCUUGUCACACUGGGGACAAGGAUAGGCUUCUAAAGGGGGAACAUGGAAAGAUGAUUUUUUUUUUAAAAAAGGUUGGAUUUCCUUCUUAGAUAGAAUCUGAUGCGUACUUUCAGGUUUGCACUGGGGAAAACGUAUUAGCUAAAAAUGCAUACACGAUAAAGAAUUCUAUGUGGUUCACCAAGAAUGGCAUUGUUAUGUACUCCCUGUAAGCUGUGCUGGAAUGACUACAUUACUGAUAAGGUUAUGAGAGGAUGAAUGUCAGACUUCUGAGCAAAUGUAGGAGACUGUGUAAUAAUACCACUUGCAUAUUCUUAAUAAAUGGCAGGUAGACAUGAGUAGGACUAUGAAUGACAGAGGACAAGAGACAUGCCCUGGGAGAAGGUAUGGGAACAUGGCAUUUGGACAACUGAAAUUGAAUGUGCCUGUUACAGAUGUCUGGGAGAGUUCCUUAGCCAAAUUUCAUGCAAGCCAAUUAGAAGCUGACAUUAUCAGUUGGGACUGAGAGAGUCUCCAGAGGCUUCCAAUUCAAACAAAAUUUUAGAAACGAGUAUAAUAUUCAGCUUCACAUUUCAUAUUUGUUAGCAAAUCAUGAUAAACAGUCACAAGGAGAAGCGAGGUUGCUGCUUAUUAAACAUUGCUUUAAAAAUACACUCAAGAAAAACUAUUUAGCCUUAAUUUUUUUUAGUUAAAAUAUGCUGGUGAUAUGAAAUAAAAAGUGACUGUUAAUUAUAGAUGUCUUCUUAAUUUACAAAGUACUGGAAACUCUAAAUCACAUUUCUUCCCUCCAGUCCAUACCCAGCCCUGGCUUUGACUCAAUUGUAGAAAUACAGGUGUGUCACUUUGUAGAUCAAUAACUGCAGAAGAAUGCUGGAUCAAUUUUAUGGUCACUCUGAAUUCUCAUGUCAUUCAUCGCAAAAAAAUUUGAUGAUACCUCAUGCCAUAUUACAGUAUAUUUAGCACCUGUUUUUAUUUUGCCUGAGGCGGAAUACGCAUGGCUGAACUAUAUUUGGGGGUUGGCAAGGAUGGAGCUGUAUCUUAGCUCCCCAAAAAUUUGGUUGCUUAACUUUUUACAUAAAGCUACCUUUUCUUUCCAAAAAUGAUCACAGAAAUAUUUUCCAUCAGCCUAUCCUUACUGUAUCUAAACUAAUAUUACAUUCAGUUUUUAAUUUUAGUUUCUGAUAAACAUGUCACUCCUAUUAAACUAUUAUUUAAGUUUUCCAGUCAGUCAUCGAUGAUAAAGGCAUUGAACUUUAAGUUUUCUCUUUUUAUUACGAGCAUAUGAUUUUUCUCCAGGAUAAUUCCUCUUCUUAUAAAAUUUUGCCAAUUAAACUUCACUUUUCUAUACCCUCUACAGGUUUUUUUGAUUAAGUUACAAACAUCGGGAACUCUCAGUCCCAGUCCCCUGCCUUUAACCUCUCUCUACCAAAAUCUGUCUCGUAUAAAUCAGUUUUAGGAACACAGAUCCAAGGGAUUAUCUAAUCAUAAGACCCAGAAAUGUGCCAUGAAUCAAGGUGAUGUGGAAUCCUUGAUGGAGUGACCUCCUUGACAGAUUAACAGAUGUUCAGUGUUAACUGUCCAGUUCCUCUGGUUUGUGCAGCGUGAUGCCAGCCUCUAAGAUUGCUCAUGACUGGUUAUCCCCUCCCGUGAUGUUUUUCUCUGUGAUGCUGUUCAUGACCUCAGUGCCUGUGCCAAGAGGAUAGAAGGCUAUUAGCUAACAUCAAAGAUGUUUCUUCUGAAAGAAAUAUGAGCAAAAACAAGGUAACCCUUGACAUGGCAAAAUUUGGUGAACUUUUGUGGUCAUUGUAUCAAUUUCUUCUUUGGGUUCAAGUUGUGAUGUCCCCUGUGUUUCCAUCAUAGGGGAUAUUUAGCCUUUCUAAAAUCCAGAAAGCAUUCUAUUUUGGAUACGUCUUUUUGUUUCCAUUUAUUUUCCAGUUAUAGGAUUGAUUCACUUAUGCCAAGAUCCUGUCACUGUCCAAUACUUAAUGAGCAUUGAUUCAGGGACUAUUUUAAGAUCAUUAUUUGAUAGCAGAGCAGGAAGCCGAGGGUGACGGUGCCCAUAAUUAUAGAACUGUUCCUAUAAAAAUAAUGGUUACUGGGUAAUAAUCUAGGGGAGUGGAAUUUAAAACAGACAAGAAAAUUAAAAUAGUAUCCUACUUAUAAAUACUUGAUCUAAAAAAAUUUUUCUCUGUCAAGUUUGACAUAAGACCCCAAAUUCUAUGUAACCAUGACUAGAAAUCUCUUUUCAUUAUUUCAGAAUUCCGUAUAAUUAAUUUUACAAUUUCAAAUUAAUUCAGGGCCAAGAAGGUUAUAGACCAUUUUUAAAGAAUUGUAUAUGCCAUUUAACACACCACAGCAUGUAUUACUUAUUAAGUCCUAAAUGCUUUAAUAAAACAUAUUGUAUUUUGGAUAAUGAUUUAAAAUGUACGCAAAAUUCCUUUCUGAUACAGAAAGCAUUUCUGGAGCAUUUACAGCAGUCUGAUGUUUACAUUGCUUUAACAUAGUGCCUCAGAUAUUCCGUGACCAAAUUUGUCUCCAUCCACAUAGCUCUUCUCCAAUAACACCAUGUCAGUGUCACAGACACUAAUGCAGCUCCAUGUAUUCUGAUGUCUUCAGCCAGGGGUAGAAGGAUGUUAUGCAAAUCUGGAGAUUAUUACCAUCAUCUCCUGGUCCCCUGACUCACUUCUUGUGAAGUGGACAUUAUUUGAGACUCUAACUGUGAUUAAGUAUAAGGGUACCUUUCAAUGUAAAAAAAAAAAGUCUUUUGAAAAAUGUAUCAAAAAUAGUUGAGAGAACAUGUCUGUCUUGGUGUGAUGAGGGUACCAAGUCACAAACAGGCAGAGAAAAUGCUAAAUGCUGGGAAUUGAGCUUGCAGAUCUCUACAUAAGGGUUUUAAAAUUCUUCGGCCAUUGCUCUAGCCAGUUUUCUAUCAUUCCCAGAUUAUCAGCUAUCACACUGCAAAAAAUUCAAAACCAGCAUUUUCUAAAGUAAAUAUUUGAUCUGUUGUUUUUAACCAGGCAGGCAGUGUUAUGUAUCAGGGCGUGUCUUUAUUAUGCUUCUAGUGUAAGUUACCCUCUGCCAAUCUGCAUAGGCAGGAGAAACUGGGCAAGAGUUUUAAUCAGCCCUUUCUUGUCUCCUUUAUAAGAGAGAGAAGCUUGAUCAGGGAGAAUGACUGGCUACAUUAAAAGCUAAUUUAGUAACAUCCGAACUAUUCUUUAAACUGUAAAUUUUGUCCACCGGGAAUCAACAACUUUGAUGAAGCACACAUAUGUCCUCACCAAUGGGGUGUUGCAUCAGUUAGACGGAGAAGCAGCAGGUGUAAGAGAUACGGUGUGUAACUAGGUGUAGAAUAGAACCUGGAACCUUGUGUCUGUGAAACAGGAUUGUUCACUGUUCUGUGUCUGUUCACUUAAAAAAAAGGGGGGGGGUACAUAUGAUCUGUUCUUUGUGUAGUGCACUAAAAUUUUGAGGGAGAAUUCUCAUCCAUAAAGAAUUUUGGAGUUUAAAACUCAAACUGUAAAGACAUAAUAUUGAUGUUUCUGGUUUCCUAAGAUACUUACUCUUUUAAAGGAAGAUCUGAGAGCUAUGUUAGCCAAAGUAAUAGAACAAUUAUCUUUCACCUUCUAGUACAAAGCUUUAACGUAUUAAAAGAAGUCUAUUUGAAUGUUUUAGGGAAAGCUUUAUCAUUUUUCAGGAUGCUGCCUAUAUUUGAAAAGGUUGUCUAAGAAUUCACCAAAAGCUAUAUUUUCUUCUUGAUCUUUGACCAAGAUGAUAUUAGCUUCUCCUGGGGAGCGUGCUAAGCUCUUCAACAUGGAAAACAGAUACAGGAUAUUAUCUGGGCUGCCUGUUGUCUCCAUGCUGCGUGAAUCUAUGAAGAUACUUGUCGCGUAAAGUAGGACCGGUAACAUGCAGUGUUAGAUGAACAGGGAAUUUUAUAAACUUAUUGCCUUAAGAGUUCUUGGGUGGAGACCCAACCAUGAUGACAUUGUUGAGCAAGAGCUAUAAAGAGAGAUGAGAGUUUAAAGUUGUCUCAGUAGAGUUCCUAACUCUGGCAAACACAGAGAAGACCAUACUUACAAGGUUGACUUUUAGGUAGGAAAAAAAAAACAAGAAACAUUAACAGAAAGAGUUUUGGAACUAGAUCUGUGACAAAUAUUUAUCCAUUAUUUUUAUCUAUCAAUUAGAGAUUUAUGCCCUUAGAACUAAGCUAAUAAAAAUAUUUAAACACCACGUUUCAUUUUUGGCAUCGAAAUUUGAAAAAUUUAGAAACAUUUAAUUUUCUCUACCUGAAUCUAAUUUUCUCAUAAAUUGCACUUUGAUUAAUUUUUCUAGAAGUAGCAUCACAAAGAUGCCUGUCUGCAGAGCUCUUUUUAUUAACAGUCUAUGGUUGAGAUAUUGUCAUAUUUAGAGAGAAUAACAAACAAACAAAAACGUUCGUACCCAAAUAAUGUGGUUAUUUAAAAGGUUGUCAUCUUCUAAAGGAAAAGAAAAAACAAAAAACAGCUACAAAGGAACCAUCUUUGAAUGGAGCCAUUUAAAUUUGAUUCCCAGCUCCUUUUCUUCCCAACAGGUCCUGGAAGUCACAGCGAAUAUCCCUCAGCUGACUUAGCCUUUAAAGAUCAUUAGCAAUGUCUGUCGGAGCCAGCAUGUCUGUCCUAACCUGAUAGGUCCUUGUGUCUGUUGGCUCAUCACAGCAGUCUGUCGCAGCAAAGUAAUAACAUAUGCUUAUCCUUACUCUUCUGUUCCGCGGGUUAUUUUUUCAAAUGCUCUCGGAGAGGAAACCUAUUAUUCCAGAAAGGAAAGUGGCCAGAAAGAACAAUUUGGGGGCCAUGGAUGUGUCAGUAAAUACGACUUCUCGUAUGAGUCUUAUAAACCCUAAGUGCCUCGCAGGGUUCAUGUCAGGCCCCCAGGAGACCAGAUGGAGGAAACUGGUUUGGAAAUUAUGUUCCAUUUCAUAAACAGACACUAUUAUCCUAAGGUAAGAAUAAUAAAAUAUCAUAGUCAUAAUUUCACAACCUCUGUAAAAAGAAGCAUCGUAGCAGGGACAGGACAUUAAUUUUAGUAGGUAUUGGACACUUUAAACGGGUAAUCGACUGGCGGUCAUUGUGUUUAACUGAAAAUGUUUAAUAUAUCUCAAAUUAUUUUAAAAAAUAUGAGUUCUCUUUCAUUUUGUCUAACAUCUGGAGUUUCUUUGAAGGAGCCCAAUUGCAUUCUAGACAGGGUAUUACAAUUUGGUCAAAAUCUUCCUUGUAUCAAUAGGGCUUUUGUGCCCAUAACCUUGUAAAAGAUACUGACUGUAUCUGAAAUUAUUUGAGGAAAGUAAAUAUCCUGCUUAAUGUGUUACAAGUAGACAACGUUCUGACAUAACACUGAAGUGCUUUACUGUCUCCCAAUGAUCUACCUUUACGUGACAUUACCCGCACUUUUAGGCUAAGCACAUGUGACUGUUCUGUCUGUCAUUGCCACAGCUCUCUGUUUUGUCUAGUGCUAUGAAUGUAAAUUAAAACCUUAAACAUGGAGUUUUUAUCCUCUGUGCCCCUGAAUAGACUUGAGGGGUCUGACAAACACUGUUAGGUCAUUAUCUUGUUGUACCAAAGUUCUAGUAACUUCAGAAAUCAUAGCAUCCAAUGAUUUUGUGGUGUCUGGGUUUGAAUACUAUGGCUGAGAACUGUAUUCAGUGAUUGUUUCUGCACACUUUUCAAAUAAAAAUGCAUUUUUACCAGUUA